AUGGACGACCUCGCGCGCUCCAUGGCCAAGGACAUCCGCGAUAUCCAACCGUACGAAGGCCAGAUGUUCUUGUCAAUGUUCAUCGACGCGAACCCCGAGCACGCUGUGUGGGAGUUCACCAACGACGACUAUGAGGACAUCAAGAACCAGGUCGACCUCAUCUCUAGGGGGUUGGAUCGACCUCGGCUUCCUGGCCGACAGGACAUCGUCACCGCCCUCGCACAAGAGAAGUGCAUCUGCGAGAACGUCAUGUGCUCGGCGUGGCAGAUCCGCAUGUUCGUCAACGCACCUAAGGCGUAUUCCAAGCGGAAGGAUAUUCCAGAUGUAAGGAUCAGAACCAGGAGGUAUCCUGCCACUGACCCGACUAUCGAGCUGGUUCGAACGCGAUCGCAACCGAAACGUAGAGCGCAUCUACAACGCGAUCGCAACCGCAACGUAGAGCGCAUCUACAACGCGAUGGUCAGCGGCGAUCAUGCUAGAGACAACCCCAAAUCAACCGCGCGGAAGAGAUGGAUCGAAGAGCCACAUUACCAGUCCGACUUGUGGGAAAUAGCAAGAGGCCGAACGCGAAAGGUCACAGUGUAUGAAUGGUAA